GCGUUUGUAUCUAUCCUUCCUCAGCAUGCUACGAUGGUCUUCUUCUUUUCGAAAAAACACCCCGACGAGCAUGUAUCCUUCAAGCCUUCGCCAACCCAGGAGGAUAGCCCUCCGAUUCCUGGCCCAAGCAACGAAUCCGGCUUCAAGUCGUUUCGUUCCAGACUUCAGGGUUACGCAAAGAAACUGGACACCAAGGACCACGAUGCCGGGCCGACACCUACGUUUUCCCAGUCCGGCUCUGUCGCUCAAACACUCUCUCCGCCCGUUGCGACGCCCAUCGCCAACCGUCAUCUACAACUCAAGCUUUCCUCGAGUUCGCCGGCUCUCAAUACUGUCCGGGAUACCACGCGACCUUCCAAGUCAGCGGACUCCUCUCCGGCACCAACGAGUAAAAGAAGCACAAUGUUUGUUGCCCCCGAACCCGACCCACGCCCAUCCUCCUCGCGCUCAAGGGCCUUGGGCACCAAAUCUUCCUCCUCGUCCCUAGCUCCCUCGCGCCAACCGACGGACGCAGUCACCACCACCCUUGCCCAACGUCUCAACGAACUCGCUGUAGCAAAUUCAGAGGGCUUGCUCAACGAUGACGAAUACCGAUUGUUGCGACAAGACCUCUUUCAACGUUUCGCGAGCACCAGCGUGGUACCGACAGAAGCACCUGUUGUCCCCGUCUCGACCUCCCCACGUUCCGUUCGCCCAGAUGCUCCCAGUGCCAAGCGACUCUCCACCGACUCGAAACGAUUCUCAAUACCUACCACCCCAUCUAAUUUCGUGGUUGAUAAACCACGAACACCGUCCGUAAAUUCGCGUUCGUCCAGGACCUCCGGCAUGGCCAGUCUAUUUCGGAGAACAGGCCGACAACCCUCACACGAUUACAGCGACUCGUCGAGCCUCUUUUCUACGACUUCGGGGAUGCCCACGGAUCAUUCGACCCUUCUGAGUCGAAUAGGACGAAAGCGCAGCGGAUCGUCUCUGAAUACGGACAGAGGUGAUGCCGCGUCUAUCUCUUCGCGACGCACGAAUAAUGCCAGUUCACCCAUUGAUUCGGUCAUGCCCACGCCUUCUAUUCGAUCUGCACGACGUUUACCUGCGCCUCCAUCCUCUUUCCCGACCCGCUUGCCUGGAGUAGAGAGCCGUUUUGCGGGAUCAGGAUCUGAGCCCGUUACGCCAUCGGAUGAUACAAGCUCGGCCGAGUCGAUUCGUCAGCAGAUUUUCGCUGUUGAGGCCGAGGUUCGGCGGCUGAUGGAUGCGUUCAACAGUCUGGAGAUCACAACCGUCACACAACGGCGUAGGACGGCACUCACCAAUCCACGAGACUCGGUCGCCACUUUGGUGCCGCCAAGUCCCGACGUGUUGUUUUCCGGACGACAUACGAGGAAGGGCUCAGAUUUUCCCGACAGCGAUGCUGGUUCGAUCCGGUCUGCGACGUCGGCUGGGACAUCGGCGUCAGCGGCUAUGUCGUCUCGUCGGGGAACGCGGUCGGUGAAGCCCGUGCCCAGCUCGUCGUCCCGCGUAAGCUCUCUGAACUACAAGAGCUCCAUGUCCAGUAUCGGAUCGUCCUCCCGGCUGGGCAUAGGCACCGCCGGUGGCAAUUUGGCACCCCUGGGAAUGUCCCUGCCCCUGGGCAGCUCCACGAGCUUGAGGAGCAUGGGGCAUCCUAUGACUGUUGUACACGAGAACGAGACUACCCUCGAGGUUGAUCUAAAUGGCGACAGGGAGUUUGGUCAAGAAAUGGAGGAUCUACGCAGGCGGCGAGAGGAGGUAGCUGCGCGCUACGAGGCACGAUUAGAAUAUCUACGAGCUAGGCUCAAAGGAGCAGAGCUCCACGAGAAGCUCGUCAAGUAAGUGCCUAUACAUUCUAUGACAUAUUCUCGGUUGUGAGGCAAGCGUCUGAGUUCAGGUUGGGUCACGGGAGCGCGCGAGUCGCGUGACAUCCAGGCGCGUCGCUUACCGCAUCAUUGCAGGCGGCUUUCGAACGACUUGUCUCGGCAGAUCCGAGUCAAUGCUCGUUCUCAGAAUCCAGAUUCUCGUAUAAGAUAACGGAGAUCAUAUCACGUCCGCCUAGUCCCGCCGUCCUUCUGUGCCUGGGCAUCACCUCCAACACCGAACACCGAACGGCCGUUGCUGAGUGACUUCCGCUACUGGCUUGAGGGAGUCAUUACUCACGGGGCCGGGCAAACUCUCGGAAGCGCAUGGAAAGCAAGACUCGGCCGAUCUCUGAGUCAUCCUAGACCAUAAAAAAUGCGACAUUCUUGAGGGUCUGCCGCGUGCAUCUCGUGUGAGUUUACAGAAUCAACAACAGACUAUCUCUCUGCAUCUGCUCUCAUGCGCGAAAUCGUUCACAUCCAAACGGGCCAGUGCGGGAACCAAAUUGGUUCGCGUUUCUGGGAAACGGUCUCAGAAGAACACGGACUGGAUAGGACAGGGCAUUUUGCCGCACAAGGAUUCAGUGAUGUGGCGACACAAGAUUUACAGUUACAACGUAUUUCGGUCUACUACAACGAGGUGGGAGCCAACCGCUAUGUUCCGCGCGCAGUCCUGGUGGACCUAGAGCCUGGAACGAUGGAUGCUGUCCGGUCCGGGCCGUUUGGUUCACUCUUCCGUCCAGACAAUUUCAUUUUUGGUGCCAGCGGUGCUGGCAACAACUGGGCCAAAGGACACUACACCGAGGGAGCGGAGUUGGUUGACCAGGUCCUGGAUGUGCUGCGACGUGAGGCGGAAGGCUGCGACUCAUUACAGGGGUUCCAGAUGGCUCAUUCGUUGGGUGGAGGGACGGGAUCCGGCAUGGGCACUUUGCUUAUAUCCAAGAUCCGAGAAGAAUAUCCCGAUCGAAUGAUGUGCACGUUUUCAGUCCUUCCAAGCCCCAAGGUGUCGGAUACGGUGGUCGAGCCAUACAACGCUGUUCUGUCAGUGCACCAACUGGUAGAGAAUGCAGAUGAGACCUUCUGUAUCGACAACGAGGCCCUCUACGAUAUCUGCUUCCGCACAUUGAAGCUCUCAUCGCCGACGCACGAUGACCUAAACGGGUUGGUCUCGACGGUCAUGUCAGGGAUUACGACCUGCCUCCGCUUUCCGGGUCAGCUUAACUCUGACUUGCGGAAGCUUGCGGUCAACCUUGUUCCCUUUCCCCGUCUGCACUUCUUCAUGACCGGAAUCGCGCCGCUGACGCCCAGCGGAAGUGCCCAGUAUCGUGCUGUGACGGUGCAUGAACUGGUCUCGCAGAUGUUUGACGCCAAGAACAUGAUGACAGCCGCUGAUCCUCGCCAGGGCCGCUUCUUGACGGUUGCUGCAUUCUUCCGCGGCAAAAUCGCGAUGAAAGAUAUCGAGGAUGAAGUGCAGAAGGUCCAGAAUGUGAACAGCGCGUAUUUCAUCGAAUGGAUUCCGAACAACGUGCUAUCCGCGCACUGUGACAUUGCGCCUAAAGGGAGAAAGAUGUCCGCGACGUUUAUUGCCAAUUCGACCGCAAUCCAAGAUGUCUUCAAGCGGAUUGCGGAACAAUUCAAGGUCAUGUUCCGGAGGAAAGCCUUUCUCCAUUGGUACACAAGUGAAGGCAUGGAUGAGAUGGAGUUCACGGAAGCAGAAUCCAACAUGCAUGAUUUGGUCGCAGAAUAUCAGCAGUAUCAAGAUGCGACAAUUGGAGAAGAGGAACAGGAAGAGGAAGAAUAAGGUCUGAUUACAUUGUGCUUCGCUUUCGACUUGCUGUGUUGCAUGUAUUUAUAAGAGCCUCGAAUGCUAUAUCUUAUGUCAGUGACACCGAAGUGAUCAUGAUGGAUGCCGGGAACGAAGGUUGGGCAGACUAAACCCUGAGUAUGUGGGCAAGAACUCGGAUAGCGAGAGUUAUGCGAAAAAGGGACGGGAGUCUUGAUAUCCAUGCGAGCAUGAGAGAGGGUUGUACGUAGGGUCAGCAGAGAGGAGGAGGUACAACAGGAACGAAGUUGACUUUUCAGGAGUUGGUGGUGAUUGCCGGCGGCUGAUUGCGAAUUAAUUUUGUGCUGCCGUAAACGAUUCUGGCGCUUGUCUUCGUAUUCUCUUUCUCUUGCAUGAGCCAGCGGCGGACGAGCCUGCUCGUGCAGGCCUCAGACGUCCUUUCGUCCUUUCGAUUCUCCCGGAGACGGACGUCUCUCCGACAACCCCCUCCGCCCGUCCAGUUCUCGAUUCCGCAUGUCAUCGACAUCAGCGCCCCUGCGCGCGACGAGGAGCUCGAGGAGCGGCAGAGACUCCGGGAUGCAGCGGCGCAAUCUCUCGGACUUGGACCAUUACUGGAAAACGAGCAACAGCAGGCUGAAGCUCUUCCAGAAGAGCAGGAACAGGCACAUCUUACCGUGGAGGAGUUGCCGCCAUUACCGCGCUUCCCGUCGUCACCCGAGGCCCUAGCACCCUACAUUGUGCUGGAUGGUACAUGGCCCAAGUUCUAUCCACCUAGUUCUCUCCGCAUUUUCGCUCUCUCAAAGCAGUGGAAAGUCCGCUAUAUCCUCCUUUCCGUGCCCUCCGGCUCUGUUUCGCAUCUGCAUCUCUUCAAAGGCAACAGUCACGACGAACGCGAGUACGAGCGGUUGGAGAUAAAUGCGGACAGCCAAGUGCAUGUAUUGAAUCAGGCAGAUGCCGUGCCACCGAUGACGGGCAGCUCGCCUUCACUCGACUUGUCGCACGUCGUUAAAGUGGCUGGUGCAGAUGCCGGCGUGCGGCGCUCUAGCAGCCUCAAUACCAUGGAAGACGGCCGCACAGUGUGGCUCGUCCAUUUCCCCACCUCGGCUGACGCGCAGCACUGGAUAUCCGCCAUCAAGACAGCGAUCUUGGAUCAACGGUCACGACGCGCCGGUCUUCCUCCUCUGCUGGCCCAUAUCAAUUCUGCAUCUGAACCCCGCGGCGAUAUGGAUGUGAUGCUUUCUAUGCGGAUUGCGGCAAAUUCAAAUCAUGCCCCCAAACACUCAUUUGGUCAUCCUCCGCCGACUCCGACCUCCCCAACUGGCACCUAUGCGGCAUCGCUAGCGCCCUCGGCAUCUUCCGUGCGCUCAGUCGCGACAGCUCCGGCCGGUCAACACUCGCAACAGUCGUCGUCACAUUCACAGGCACGGUCACAGGUGCCGUCGUCACCGAAAACAGGGGUUUCCGCACUCAAGGGCCUCUUCACUCCUGGGUCACGGUCACGACCGCGCAGUUCGUCUGCUGCAUCCGUCAGCUCGAUGGGGAGUGGGACGUCGUCGCGAUACGCGCACACCGAGGAGGGUUCGUUCGCCCGCAUGGGGAGCCUGCUGGCCGGAUCGCAUACGACCAAUGCGGGUAUACUAGGUCGGAAGAUUGUUGAGAGUGAAAGUGAGCGCGACACGGUCGAGCGGGUCAGUGUCGAGCUGCGUUCAGGAUCUCCCCUCGUCCCGAGCGAGCCUCUGCGGCGGACGACGAUGUCCUUCUCUGAAAACGGCCUGCAACCAGCCCCAAGAACACACAUAUUGCGGCGUUGGACAGGUGUUGAACCAGAAAGCUUGCGAGUCGACGAGAAUCCGAGCAUCUAUGUACACCCUCACGCCAGCGGAAGUAGCGGAACCGCAGGCAGUUUUGGUGUACGGACGGAGACGCCGAGCUUGCGCGAGGAAGACGGUGUCAGCGACGGCCACAGGUCACGCGCAUCCAGCGUGAGUGGUAAUGGUUCGACACCGACAAGCAGGCGGCGGUCCUCGCUGUUGCCGCGGCGUCUGACACCUCCAAGCGUCCCGCCGCCACCGGUGCCAGGCUCGCGGUCACAUCCGUAUGCCUCUGCGUCGCCGCGGGAAUCCAGUGGCGAACGGGCGCCGAGUCGGGCCAGUGGGCGGUCCUUUGGCUCCGUGAGCGGCCCGCCAACGGGCUCGACGGGCGGCGGAUCAUUCAAAGCGUGGCGUGGCAAGCGCGCAUCGGUGAUCAGCGUCGGUAGCCUCGGCAGCACCCGGAGCACCGGCAGCAGCGUGAAUGUCACUGCCACGCGGCAUGGCAUGCGGACGUCGAUGCCUCCUCCUCCCCGACCAGCACCAACGGGAGCACUCCCCCCGGCCCCGGAUGGCGGUGGACGGGCCGUCAUUCGUUCGACGUCACUGUCACACGGCAGCACCCAAGCCUCAACGGAUUUCCGCGAAUCGAUGGCUGUCACCCAUCGUGCUCUGCGGCUUUCACUCGCAGCACCCAAGCCUCCACCGUCCGGGACCCUUCCUGAGCCUCCGAAGCACCGACGCACCCACAGCAACAGCGGCGCCGGCAACGGCAUCGCAAGGGCGAGCAGCUUCUUCAAGACUAGCAAUCACAGCACCGGGAGCAGUCUGCAUGCUAUUCCCGCUUCCCCUGCCGGCCCCCCUCCCCGAGGACCUCUGCCUCCGACCCCCGGCGGCCGAGCGAAUCCGUCGAAGCUGAAACAAAGGCUCCGAAUUCUGAGCGCACCACCAGCACCACAGCCGGAGCCAGUGAUUGUCAGUCCCCGGCCGACGAGCAUGGAUGCCCCGCGGCAGAACUGGGCCCGCCACAUGGCGCUUGCUAGCUUGCUCUCUGCUUCCGUUCCGUCCACUCCGACCACGCCCGAACCGCAAGCUAUCUCCAGUCACGUGCCAGCCACACCUCCGGUGCCAGGGACGCCCAUCGGCGAGAAAAUCAUUCAGUGGCACACGCAGAACGACCCCAGUUUCCUGCAGAUCUCGAGGGCUUCGACGCCUGUGCUCCGGCCCUUGACGCCCCUGCAGGCUGCCGAUGAAAUGGUGCCUUACGAAGUUCCCUCGCUGCUCCCUCCGCCGAGAAGAGGCUCGCGACAGAUUUCAGUCAAGGAUGUGGACCGCCCGCCCACGCCGCCCCCAGACACCGAGGGAUCCAAGCUGUUCUCGCUGUCUCGUCACGGCUCGGUCAUUUCACUAGGAAUUGUCACGAUGUCAUAGAUCUUUGCUUUUUUUGGAUAUAAUCUGUAAUCUCAAGUGUAAACCGUUGUAAACCCCACGGACUAUCUUAUGCUGGAAUGACAUGCCGUGCUAAUCGACACUGGUCAGACUUGAAUUAUCCGUGUCCGGUGUACUCGGUUC